AUCUUAACAAAUCUUCUUUCACAUUCUUGUGCAGGUCUCAGGCGGACCUCACUAGACUGACUUUUCUUGUAGUGAACAUUCUAAGAUGGUUGCUUGGAAACGCAAUUCUUAAUAGGCAUGGCUUGACUGUCUAACUUUUGACAGAGAUCUGUGGCUCAGGUACAAUAGCCGGUGGCACAAGUUUUACAAGUUCUUUUCAUUGGCGAUUCCACCAACAGAGGGAUGAUGUAUUACUUAAUAGAGAGAGUGAAUGAGACUCUCCAAGAAUGGCAAAAGGCUCAUGACAUGAAGUUCUAUCAUAACGUGAACAACGGGGACACUUUUAUCAGCUACUCCUAUUACCCCCAGUUUUGGAUUGACGUAAAGCAAAGACCAACCUUCGAAGAGGCUCUUGAGCAGCUGCUACUCAGAUCACAGCCGCUAGAGAACACAGACCAGACUAUAUUAGUUGUCGGUGGUGUCCAAUGGCUCAAUUUCAACCACUUACAUAUUAUUCAAAAAGUGCUGAAACGGGCGAAUCUGCCAAAUAUCCUGGUAGUGAUAAAAUCCCUGGGAAUGGGCUUUCACCUGCCAGUGGAUGGAGUGCAUUUCUUGUCACCAGCCGAAGUGCGAGAUCUGUGGAAGGAAAACCAAGCUAUUUUGAACACUGCAAAGCAAUAUGGCUACGAAGUGGUUGAUACUUUUAUUAUUACCAUGGGACGGUACAAGGAGUUUUUGCAAGGGAAGUGCGGGUGCCAUUUUCAUGAGGUGGUGAAAUCUAAAGCUUCUGAAGGAGGCUCUCCCAUGGCAAUGAUGUUAUCGAGGCCCUAUGCUCUGGGCAAAUUUUUCAACAGCCAAAGCAACCUGAUGAAACUGCAAGCCUACGCCUCAAAUUCUCAGUCCCCUUAUCACGUGCGAGGUCCAAUAAACCAGGUGUAUUCAGAAAUCCUCCUCAGCCGCAUUUGUGCAAAUGACAGGAAGGUUCUUGGAAUGUAACUUUGCUCGGCUGAAGUGCCUGGUUCCAGCCUCCUCUCUUUCCCAUGUGGCAAUACACAGGCCAUACCAGAUUUGGAUUUUAUUUUUUUACACACUUCUCUGAGUGGCUGAACAUACCAGCAUAACUCAAGACAUGUGGCACUUUCCGCAAAGCCUUAUAAAAUCAAGAUGUGUCCACACGUGUCUGUGGUUUCAGAAUGGGAGACAGAGAAGCACGAGAAAUGGCAGCGAGGGCAAAGGGAGGGGGAGACAUUACUUGAAAUAUUGCCAAAUGUUUAAACAGUUGUAAGCUAAGUAAAUGUAAUGUUAUAUAGGAUGUGAUAUAUGUUGCUCCAGUUUAGGUACGGAUUAGAAUGCUAUAUUGCCGGUGAAACAAAUCUCAUUCCAUUUUGAAGAGUUUUAUGGCAUCGCAAAAUAGUAGUACAAGAAUAUGCACUUACCGGUAA